AUGUCGGACUAUGUAUCAGCGUCCGCCAUCAAGGAUCUUCUCACCGAGUGCCCAAUAUGUACAGAACACUUUGAUGAGGUCAGACGGACACCUCGUCGUAUGCCCUGCUGUGUACAGUCAAUAUGUCAGGCAUGUCUAGAGACGCACAGCAAAGGACUCCCAACGUUAUCAUGUCCCAUGUGUCGACACCAACAUAAUUUGCAGGGCGGUGUGAAGUCACUACCCAAAGAGCCUAUCAUCCUAAGGAUCCUGGAUCAUCUGAAGAUUGUGAAGGGUCUCGAUCUGCCUUGUACGCAUUUUCCUGAUGGUAACCCUGCCAUGUCCAGAUGUGAUGACUGUGGCGUCUUCCUGUGCCAAGAAUGUCUAAAUGCCCACAAAAGAGUUCAGUCAAUGCGAGAUCACCAAACUGUCAGUUUUAAGGAAAUGAAAAAACAACCAGUCAAGCUGAGGGAGAAGGCAGAGGAACUUGAGAAAAUAAAACAAGGUCUCCAGGAAAGGCAUUCAAACAUACAGGUGUCAAAACAGGCUGCGGUGGUUGACAUCAACAAAGCCUUUGACGUAUUGAUUGAUGAAAUACAGCAGAGGAAGGGCAAUCUGUUGUCAGAUGUUGAAGAGAGAUCCAGCAAGAUUCUGAAGCUGACACAGGAGGAACUGGAUUCCACCAGUAAUAUUCUAGCAAAAGUGACAUCAUCUACCAAGUACACACGACAGAUGCGGAGUAAAGCUGACAAGAUAGAGGAUCAACAAAUGAUGGGGUCUUCAGCUGCCACCUUGAGCGCCAUGUUGGAGAUGUCACCAAAGGCGUCACUUGUAAGAGCUGGUGUCAGCUUUGCUUCAACUUGCUUCAAUAAAAUAACCCCCUUGUUGAAGAUGGCCAGCCUCGUCAAAUCAGUUGUCUUUUCACCAACAGAGACUCCAAAUGGAAAUAAAUCCUUGAAAGAUGCAAUGACUAUUGAACACGAGCAUGUGCCACAAGCUGCAUAUAUGACCGGGCAGCCGUUGGGAGUAAAAGGAUCGCUCGCAUGUGCGGAUCUGGAAUGGGACUCCAGUAUUGCAAGUGACGGUCUGACGGUUUCUGGGCCAGUUGUCACCAAUGGCAAACAAGAACAUCUUCCACCAAGGACAGGAUGCCGACUACUUUCAUAUCACAGAGUCCUGACAUCAACACCUCUGGUCAUCAGGCCAGGACAGACCAUCAUGUAUGGCAUGGAGGUCACAUACUCUGUCUUGACACCAGAGGAUAACAAUAAAGUUAUCUUCGAAGCAGCUUUGACUGACAGCCCUGUUGAUGCUAACAAGACCCAAACAACUGGAUUGAGUGUAUUGUUUGUAACAUGCCCAGCUCAUAAUGGAAUAUGUCUACAGGUGUACUACAACGGACAAUGUCUGUCCCAUGGCAACCUUACACUGAACGAGAGUGGUACAACUUACAGCCUGGAUUUGGGAUUCGUUCUUGAAGAGGAAACACAUACAGCCCAUGUCCUGGACCUUAGUCAACAGAAACUCGUCACAUCUGUAACUCCCUUCCCGUUUGAUAAACCUCUCUGGGUCACAAUUCAUUUUGCACCUUAUCCUAACACCCACUUAACCUGUGAAUUAUCAUCACAGAAAGGAAGAAAAAUGCACGCAUUCGAACGCUUGAUCCACGAGUAACUAGAAAACGAGCUGAUUGACGAUGCCAAGCAGAUGAUGCAGACAGAGAAAUAACACUUCGUCUUUAAUGUGACCAUUGUAUGCCAAUAAAACCAUAAUGAAUUGUUUGGUAGGCAUUACUUAGAAGUUGACGGAUGACAAAGUAGACUCAAUUUAUGAAAAACAACUUCUUUGGUACUGUAAAGGCGACGUUUCGGUAUAGAUCCUUGCUUGACAACGGUAAAGGAUCUAUACCGAAACGUCGCCUUUACAGUAUUAAAUAAAGUGUUAUGCUUAAAUUGUGUCUACGUUGUAAGCCAUAAUGGUGUCCACGUAAACAAGGUUGUAUACAUAGCAGUACA